AUGACCGACCCAGCUGCGCCCAAGGAUAGGUAUUGUGCAUCAGAUUGUUGUAUCAAGGCUCGACUAAGUCGUCCUCAUAGCUUGCAUGGACUGUCUGCCUCCUCCACAGGUGCGCAAAGUAACCGUGAGCAUCUUUCCAGACAGUCACAAAGUUUGCACUCUUUACAAGCAGCUCCUCGCUAUUGUGCGCCUAGAGAACAAAGCCGCAAUGUCUCCUUGAUGCAAAAAGCCCGCGGUCUGUCAAAAGCGCCGUCAAAGCCCGAGUCCUCCUUCAAACCCACUUGCCGAGUAUGCGACAAGACUACAGCCACAAGCUACAACCCGAUUAUCGCUUGUCCAGGAUGUACCAGAACAUAUCAUGACAGUUGUCGAAGACCUUCACUGACCCAAGGCGUUGACCCAUUACCCGAAGAGACCACCGCUAGUAACCAUGUCGAUGCUCAGAAUUUCCGUGCUAGUUCUCUAAGCGCAAGGAGUUUAGAAAGCUUAUAUAGACCCAAGGAUGUCUUUGAGCCAUCUCCCCAACCUGAGUCCUGUGUCCUUUCAAACAAUCUAAGAACACCUAUGCACCGUUUGGGUCAGCCUGACAAUCUUAAUUCACCAUCUCAGGGGCAAAGCGUUGAGGCUCAAGUCAACCUCACAGCUAUCAAUUCUUCAAGACAACUAGAGAUACCUGAGACCCCUGAUAUCGCUACUCGCCACAGCAUACCACUCACAACGAGUAGCACGGAUUUGGCCAAGUUCGAUUUUUCAACGGCUGUAACUACUCGAGCAGAUGAGAUCAAAACCUCCUCUUGGUUUUAUUCACAUCGGCCGACGCUCGAGUCGAAGAUAGAGAAAAUCAAUGAUCAUGCAACGCCUUAUACGCUUCCUGCAUCAUCCGACAACCUAGAGCCGAGUAACUCCACGGAGUCAAUCUCUGCUUCUAACGAUGUAGAAAGAGGAACCGUACUUCAAGCCAUCGCAACACACGGAACAAACAUCAUCUACAAUACCUCCUUCCAGUCACCGCGCAACGGGCAGCAGUGCGAAAAUGAUUAUCGAGAGUUACCUGGCGCAUCAGAGACAACGCAAAUGGGUGAUCCACCAGCAAUUGUACCACCUGUUUCCCACUUGGUACAUGAGGCUCAGACCCACGUUUCUCGACAACCCCCUUCUACUGGUGACGCAGUCUCGUGUGAAUUGCUUUCUGUGCAGCGGGAGUCGGGAAACGUGAAUCUAGAGGGCUCUCCUAAUGGUAUAAGCCCAUCCAUGUCUCCCCAAAUUUCCUUCUGUUCGGAUCUGGAUGACACAUAUUCACCCGUGUGUCAGAAGCGCCAUACAAAUCAAGAGCUAGCUAGGAUAGCCCUGGCUUGUGCAGAUGGAGCAAGUAUGACGGCCUCGCAGAUUGUUGAUUGGCUAGUCCAAAAGUUCCAUUACCUUCAAAAGGGGCAGGCUACGUGGGAAAAAAGUCUCAAGGCGGUUCUUUCACGCAAAGAGUUUCGUAGCGACAAGGCGAGUGGGUUGCAUGGGGCCCGUCUGGCGUAUAGUUUUGCCAACGCAGCUUGUAAAGCUCGAUACGAAGAGGAAUAUCGAGACUAUAUCAUUCAAUACUCGCAAGAACAUGAUCAAAAACAUGCUGCCGGGCCUGUUGACGUGGUCAAAAAUAACCAGGGAGAUGUAUCCAACAGUGCAGCAUGUCCUCGGUCUUCUGCAAUCACAUCGACAAUACCGGAUUCCAGCUUCAUUCAAUCACCAGCUACCACCGCUUCCAACGGUGACUUACCGCCCGGCCUUUUCAAGUUAUCCGACUCAUCCAAUCUAAAUGAUAUUGCUGAGUAUGCUUCUGGAAUCAAGCGCGAGGCAAGUUUUCAUCACGUCUACCCUCGUAGCACUCAGCCUCCAAUCGAGAUGAUGACUGCUGAGGAAAAGACCAUGAAAGUGGCAGAGAUCCAGGCAAGACCUUCUCGCAAGGCGUUGUUCAAUUCAAACCAACGCCUAGCGCACGUUCGAAGGUACAGGCGGCUGGACAUUCAUGAUGAAAGCGAUGGAGCAUGGAAGACUCAAUCUUCGGAAGCAGAGGGGUACCCCGCAAAAAAUGAAGCCGUCACAAGGGACCGUGAUGAACCCCGGUCGCUACGUGAAGUCUUCAACCUCCCGGUCCAUGCGGUGCCAAUGAUCGAUGGGGUCGAGUUGGCUUUCCGGGAUGGAACUUUAGUCAACGGUCAACUGCCACGACCACGCCAUGUAUACAGGGUGGGGAAGAGACUUGGAGCCGGACUUACCGUCAAUUGA